AUGUCCCUCCGGUGGCUGCUGUCGCGCACACUUGCGAUCCUCCUCCCACUCACAGUCACCGCCACUGUUUACCUGUAUAUCUACCCAAUCUUCAACGGCUGCGCCUUUCCCCUACCAAGAGCCCACGCCUCCAACUCGGAUAAAAAGACCUCAAUAAGCCGUUUUCAACAAAAUGCCAUCUUCAAUACCUUCCUCCAACACCUCGGCAUCUCAUCCUCAACCCCAGACCCAACAACCGAACCCGCAAUCUUCAGACUCCUAGUCCUGGCAGACCCCCAAUUAGAAGGCGACACCUCCCUCCCAUUCCCAGAAUACGAACUAUACCCGCGCAUUCAAUUCCACUGGCGCGCUAUCCAAGACUCAAUCGGCAAUGCCAGCGCCUCAACCACCCCAAAAACCCCACUAGCAAAAGCCGUCUUGCACGAGAACGUCAUCUCAAACAUAACAGCCAGCCUGCGCGAACUAGCAAAAGAAGAUAUCCCACGCGCCAUCAACUCAGCCCUUAAACGCCUUGACCUCUUCGGCAACGACUUCUAUCUAGCACACAUCUACCGCACGCUAUUCUGGUGGACGCGCCCAACACACACAACCGUCUUGGGCGAUCUAGUAGGCAGCCAAUGGAUAUCCAGCGAAGAGUUCGCGCGUCGCGGAUACAGGUAUUGGAAUCGUGUUUUCCGCGGCGGAGAGCGCGUGGACGAUGCGCUCACGAGGACUGGUGCUGUUGGCGCGAGUAAACAUGAUAAAGCUAAGCCACCGGUGGAAUUGCUUGGUGUCAAUGGUGACCCGGCUUGGGCGAGACGGAUUAUUAAUAUUGCUGGGAAUCAUGAUAUUGGGUAUGCGGGCGAUAUUGAUGAGAAGCGCAUGGAACGCUUUGAACGGGUGUUUGGUCGUGCGAAUUGGGAUGUGAGGUUUGAGCAUCCUCCUGUUGAUUUAUCGGGCUCCUCCUCCUCCUCCUCCUCCUCCUCCUCCUCCUCCUCCUCCUCCUCUUCUUCUUCUUCUUCUUCUUCUUCUUCUUCUGCGAGCGAGUCGGUUGUUACGCCUACGCUGCAUCUGAUCAACCUCAAUUCUCUCAUGUUCGAUACUCCCGCGCUGUCAUCGGUGGUCCAGGACCAGACGUAUACGUAUCUGAAUGAGCUGAUUGCGCACCGACUCGCGCCAGUCGAGGAUCGGUCGACCUUUACACUCCUUCUAACGCAUUUACCUCUCCACAAACAAGAUGGUAUUUGCACGGACGGCCCAUACUUCUCAUUCCACAAUGCCGACGACGAUGACGGUCCCGAUGGAAUCCCACGUUGGCGGGAAAGCGGCCUGAAAGAGCAGAACCAUAUCAGUGAUACACUCAGUGCUGGCGGUAUCCUGCAGGGUAUCUUUGGAAUGAGUGGUGAUGAGCGUGCGCCUAUCGGUGGACAUGGUCGGAAUGGACUUAUCCUCACGGGACAUGAUCAUCCUGGCUGUGAUGCUGUUCAUUAUGUCAAUCGCACUUCGAAGGAAAAUCAGGAGAGGACAGAAGAGGAUCAGAGCGCUCAGUCCUGGAAGUGGGCUGCUAAACGCUUUGAGGAGGACUCACAGAUGAAUGAUCCUUCUAUUCGCGAGGUGACUCUCCGCUCGAUGAUGGGUGAAUUCGAUGGUAAUGCUGGUCUUCUCUCGGCGUGGUAUGAUCAGGCCGUUGGUCAGUGGAACUACGAGAUCACUAUGUGUCCUGCUGGCGUGCAGCAUAUCUGGUGGGCUAUCCAUGUCCUUGGGCUUGUGACGCUUGGUGUGGCGCUUGUUUGGUUCAUGCUUGGACUUGUUGCGUCUGGAGAUGCUGGAGCGACAACUGCUGCUCGUGUACGAUACGACAAGAAGGAUGAGAAGCUACGUCUGCGGGAGUCUUCGAGAGUACAGUUGGAAGAGUCGAAGACGGGUGGACAGAAGAAGUAG